AAGUUAGCUAUAGUGUAUGUUUAAUUGUUGACGAAUAGAACUAUUUAUUUUCAAGUAUCUUUUAUUAUGCUAAAAGUGUGGUUUGUUAAAAGUGUUUGUGUUAGAAAAUAAUCAAUAUAAGAACCUUAAUUAUCAAUCAUUAUUCAAUUGUCAAUCAUACAUUGUACUAUUUAGAAUUUGAACAAAUAACCUUAAAUAAUUUUAAUGUGUUAUUUUCAUUUUUUAGUUGUUAUUAGGCUGUUUUAUGUCAUAUUAUCGUAAGAUAAUUAGAUAAAAUAAUAGAAUCAAGUACGAAGAAUACUCAUUUUCAUGAGUUCCAGUCAACAAUUAGUAAGCAAUGUUUCUGUACCUAAUAAAUAUGAUGCAAAAUUUAUAAAACUUGUACAUAAAACACUAGCUGAAACGGCAGAAAGUUUUCAAAAGGAACAAAAACGGCAUUGGAAUUAUAUGAACAAGGACGUAUAACUCAUAUUUAUCCAUGCAAUGAUGUUAAUGCAGCUGUACCCACUGAUAUGAAUAAUGCAAGAUAUUUAAUACAGGUUAAAGGAUUAUCAGGAGAAAUAUAUAUAUUUUUCCCUGACAUAAAUUAUUGCACUUGUGCAUCAUUUAGAUGUCAAGUACUCAAUGAUAAAUCCAUCUUCACCUGCAAACAUGUUUUAGCAGGCUGGUUAGCUACAGUCACUAAAAGUAAAUUAUCUUAUCAAUAUAUAACAGAAGAUCAGUUUCAGGACUUAUUACUAUAUCAGGUUUCAUAUCAGCAACAUGUUUCCUGAUGUAGAAGGUCAUAAAUUAGUUGCAAAAUUGGGAAAUCUUAAGACUAUAGUACAGUUAUUGAAAGCAAUUAAUUUUAAAGAGAGUGCAACAUGUUUUGGGACAGAAAAUGGUUUAAAAUUAACAGUGGAAGAUGUAAAAUGUAUGCAAGCCAGUGCUUAUAUUCCAUCUCACGUAUUCCAAGAAUUUACUUUACAGGAAGAUGUAAUUUUUCGAAUAAAUUUAAAUGUACUAGUUGAAUGUCUUUGUAUGUUUUGGAGCAAUAUCAAUUCUCAAGGAAGUUCAGUAACUUUUCAACUUUUUUAUAAAGGCACUGGAUAUCCGGUAACAGUUCUUAUAGAAGAAGAUGGUAUUAUAACAGAUUGUUCUUUAAAAACUCAAGAACCUGAUGAAUUGUUAGACUUUCAUCUUGAACCAGAAAAUGUUUUGAAUAAAGUAGUUUUGCAGACUGAAUUAUUGAAGGAUAUUCUAUCUGAGCUUGAUCCAACCAGUGAUUUAAUAGAGCUUCUUUUGUCACCUUCUGCUCCAUAUUUUCGAAUUAGCACAGCUGGAUUAGCUGGAAUUUGUCACGUUGAAUUACCACAUGAUGGGGAUUUGGUAGAUAGUUUUCAGUGUGCUUCAACAGCAACAUCUAGUUAUAAGUUGUCACAUAUUAAACCAGCUAUGAAAGCAUUGGCAUGUGCUAAUAAAGUUUCUUUGAGAACCGAUGUGUGUGGAUUGUUAUGUUUUCAAUAUAUGGUGAAAACAGAUGAGGGUCAUACUUGUUACAUAGAGUAUUAUAUUUCACCGGUGAUAGACCCAGAUGAAUAAUUGUACUAUAAAUCUAUAUGGAGUAUUAUAAAGUUGUACAUAGUAAUGGGAUAAAAAAUAUAUAGAGUACUUUUUUAUCGAAAUUAUUUUAUGAACGUUCAUUCAUUUUUUGUAAU